AUGAACGGAGUGUCUGUCGAUAUCAACCACCUCAAAAAAGGCGAGGUGAACCUCGGCACGUCCAUUAUGGCGGUCACGUUCAAAGACGGCGUCAUUCUCGGAGCUGACUCCAGAACCACCACGGGAACCUACAUCGCCAACAGAGUCUCAGACAAGUUGACCCAGAUCCACGACACCAUCUACUGUUGUCGUUCCGGCUCUGCUGCCGAUACUCAGGCUGUGGCCGAUAUUGUGAAAUACCACUUGCAAGUUUACGCCAGCCAGUUGCCACCGGGUGAAAAACCCACCACCAAGGUCGCUGCCAGUGUUUUCCAGGAACUCUGCUACAACAACAAGGACAACUUGACGGCGGGCAUCAUCUGCGCAGGAUACGACAAGAAGAACAAGGGUAAGGUGUUUUCUGUGCCCAUUGGCGGCUCUAUCCACGAGCAGCAGUACGCCAUUGCCGGUUCCGGUUCGACGUUUAUCUAUGGAUGGUGUGACGAGAACUACAAGCCUGAUAUGGAGAAGGACGAGUGCGUGGCGUUCAUCAAGACGGCGUUGGGCGAGGCCAUCAAGUGGGAUGGCUCGUCGGGCGGUGUGGUGAGAAUGGUGAUUUUGACGGAGGCAGGUGUGGAGCGCUUGAUCUUCUACCCUGAGGACUACCAAAAGUGA